CCGCGUGUGGCGUUCCUAUGGUAACCGUCAACUGCUUUGAAACGUAAGAUUGCGUUUGGGAUUGUUCUGCUCAAUAACCUUAAGUUUAUUAUGUCAGACGUUGGCUCCGAAGAGUUUGACGACGAGAAAAGUUCCCUGGGGGAGUAUGAGGGAGACAGAAAUGAAGCCGGAGAGAGACACGGACAGGGUAAAGCUGUCCUGCCCAAUGGAGACACUUACCUAGGAUCAUAUGAAUAUGGCAAGAGAUCUGGACGGGGCACAUACAAGUUCAAGAAUGGGGCCCGGUACACUGGAGAGUGGCUUAUGAAUUUAAAACAUGGACAAGGUAUAUUUUAUUACCCAGAUGGCUCCAAAUAUGAAGGAAGCUGGGUGGAUGACCAGCGACAGGGUCAUGGUGUUUACACAUACCCUAAUGGAGACACUUAUGAUGGUGAAUGGCUGCGCCAUCAAAGACAUGGGCAGGGUUUGUACACAUAUAAUGACACAGGUUCUCAGUACAUGGGCACUUGGAUCAAGGGUAAAAUGGAAUCAGCUGGGGAGCUUAUCCAUCUGAACCACAGAUAUCAGGGCAACUUUGUCAAUAAUAAUCCCUCUGGUCCAGGGAAGUAUGUGUUUAACAUUGGGUGUGAGCAGCAUGGGAUGUAUCUCCAGAUAGAUCAGGAGAAAGGAGAUACAGAGGAAGAAGAGCCUGUCGUGACCACUACCUUGAAAUGGAAACCCAUGACAGUUACAGUUCUUUCUCUUUGGACCAAUGUGAAAGAUACUGAAACUUCAGAUCAAGGUGUGGUUGAAGAGUGAGAAAGAUGACAGACCACCCCAAAGAGAUGAAGAAGACAGGGGACCACUAGUUAAUUACACAUGCACAUACCUGAGACGGUAUCUUCUCAUGUUAAUUAUGUAAUGGAUAAUGUACAGUCAGUCGGGUCACAACUCACAACACAAAAUAAAGUGAUCAGGAUCAGGACUGUACAUUAUCUGACUAUUACAUGGCUACUUACCAAAUAAAUAAAUAAA